GCACCCUGGUCGUACGCCGUGCAAAGCUCCGGACAUCUACAUGUACCGAACAUGUAGUACCGCCGGACGCAUCAAUCGCAUAGGUAUGUGACGUGGUCAUGUGACGUGUUCCGCGACACACGUCGACGCGAAACGUGUCCGUGACUUUUUCCCUGGUUCCCGGUACGUCAGCACAACGCGUCGUGUGGGCCAUCGAUGGGGAUACCGGGCCCGGUUUGUCUAACCAGGUUGGCCACAUUCUAAAAGCACAAUACUGAAGAGGCAUCCGAGGAAACUGAGGCGCUCUGGCCUUCGCUUCUUCCUGUGGUGUGGACAUCAAAAUCAGUACGAAUGGUUUACGAAACCGCGGAUGAUAUGUCAGCCAUGAAAAAACUGAGUUUGCGGAAGGGCAUUAAGUCGCCCUUUUCCCGCAAAUCGAGCAAAAAGACGACAAGAUUAAACGCCACGGGGACUAACGUAGUUGUUGGCGACGACUGCGCAAUUGUGGCUUCGCCAAUACUCGAAGAAACUGCAGCUGACAUGGCUGAAGUAUCGUCCAACAGCCAGCCAGAUAUGGACACCAAAACCCAGUCUGUCACGACAAAGGGUUCCUGUGGCAAGUCGAACAAAUGGCCGUUCAGAAGUCGCCGAUCUGAGGACAAUGGCAACGUAGAAACCGAACCCAAGACGGGCCUUUCUGAUGGCAGCGCAGACAAUGGCGAACCCGGAAGUACCGUGGAAAAUAAUGGAGGCAAGAAAGGGACGGUCAGUGGUAAUGACGCACGUGCGGCGGUUGGCAAUCAACCCAGACCCCCUGCUGAAACUGGGACCAAACAUCAGUUCCAAAAAAAUGUUAAAGUCGCAGGUUAUGUGGUUCCGUUGCGACGGCAGCAUGAUCAAUCUGUUCUUUCUGUCAGUCACAAAGCGAGCCAUAGUCUCGGUGACACAACGCUAGACGUGAGCCAGAAUGGCUUUCAUGAUGAGGAGGAUGCUGAAAUGUUGGACCAGUGUGACACAUCAAGCAGAGACUUCAAUGGUAAUCCACCUGUCUCAACGGUACUAGCUAAUGGUACAAAAGGCAUUCCACACAUGUCGACAGACGCUUUGCCGCAUGUUACCAGGGAAAGGCCCAUUGCACCUGAACUCCCACCACCACUGAAAAAUCAUCAGUUUCAGCCAGAGCUCCCUCCGAGGAUUCCACCUAAGCCAGCCUCACUCAGAUACCGGCAAAUUUCUUCCACAGAGCCAUGUUCCAGUUUCACAGGAACGAGCGAAGAGCUGGAUGACGACUUACCACCACGUCCGCCGGCAAGACCAAAGAAUCGCACCCUGGGUAAAGGAUCACUAAGGCCUUGGAAUAACCUACGAGAUGAUGCCCGGGACAACAGGGCAACUGUGUACGAAACCGUCAGUCUUGAGCCAAAGGAAGCCUCUUUGGCCAAGGAGUUAUCCAGGCUGCCUCGCCAGGCGUGGUACUGGGGUCCCCUGACCCAAGCCCAAGCUGAGGAAAAGCUGGCCAAGUUGCCCGACGGGAGUUUCCUGGUCCGGGACAGCUCAGAUGAGCGCUACCUUCUCAGCCUGAGCUUCAACUCGCACGGCCGCACGCUGCACACACGCAUCGAGCACCGGGGUGGGCUCUUCAGCCUCAACGACUCAGACGGCCACGCCUCCGUCGUCGAGCUGAUCGAGUGCGCAGUCAAGGAGUCGCGGAAUGGCGUGUACGGCUACAUGCGGGAUGCCCUGGGGGUCCAGUCCUUCCCAGCGCGGCUGACAAACUGGGUCUCACGAUUCACGGAGAUGCGGUCACUCCAGCAUCUGUGUAGAUUUCUCAUACGAGAAGUUUAUCCUCGCCAUCAUAUCCAGCGGCUUCCUUUACCCAAGAAGAUCAAAGAAUACAUACUGGAGAAUCAGUACUAAGAGAAAUAUUUACAAGGACAGAAUAUUGCAUCCUGCCUCCACUUUUGUUGUCACAUCAUCUCUCAAUAAAGGUCAGUCUUUGUAGAAAUGCUGAAAAGACAUGAAUCUUGGAUGGAGAAAAAUUUCCAAUUUUGUAAGGAAAUAUUUAGAAAAUGUUUUUGACUGGCCAUAGACUUUGCACGCAACUGUUGAAGCAGAGUCAAGAUGCAGCAUUCUUUCCUAUAUUUACAUCAGAUGUACGUGCAGUGACGAGCAUGGGCGGAGAAAGAGGAGGGCCAAAGAUUUCUCUAAAUCUAGGCUUUUUAAUCUCUGUCUUAUUUUAUGAAUUCAGUACCCCAAGUUUUAGACCCUCAAUGCAAAACCCUGUUCUACCAUUGACACACCAAUCGCUGUUCUUAAAUUAAAUUGACGCCAUAAUGUGGAGAAUAUUUAAUUCCUUGUGUAAACAUUUGAAACUGGUUGUAGAGAUCAAAAGAAGAAUUUUAGCCAAAGCAAAGCCUAGAUUUGGAGAAAAGACCCAGGAUCAUACAGUUUUGUAUUUGCCUUAAUCUGUACAGUUUGAAUUCUGGAUUUGAUUGUGUUGAGCAUGAUAAGGUUAGAAACCCAUCAGUUUAUUUUAAUUCCAGAGAAGUUUCAUUUUUCCAGAGUGUUAGAUUUUGAAGAAAAGUAGCCUUUUGGGGGAGGGGCGGGACUGCCACAUGUCAGUGAAAUCCCCAUUUAUUUUUAAAUUUCGAUUGUCCCCCAAAUGUAAAGUUGCUGUGUAUUUUGUAUAUUGUGUUAAAUUCAAUUUUUGGCAAUUGGGACCAAGAACAUUCCUCCGUGAAACUUUUUCUAGAACUGGGGUGUGAAAAUUCAGCUUUUUAGCUGAUUUCAUUUUUUUUUGUUGUUGAGAUGUUGACCCCGAAUUUCAGCUUUUUUGUAUACCUGGUCUGUACAAAAGUGUGGGAACUAUUUACAUUUCAGCGCUAGCAGAUUUCAGCUGUAAUCUUAAGUGGCCGCUCACACCCCUGCUAUUGCUAGAACCUUGGUUUUUUAAACUCACACUGCUUUAUGAUGGUUUUCCGACUUCAUUUGAAAUGAGAUCCGGGUCAAAACAUGAAAUGUUCUAGCUACAGUAGUUUAAUGGAAACAUUGGCACCAAGCCCCCGUCUACCAAGGCUCGGUCCUUGCCGACAAUUUGCAUGACGGUGCUUCUGUUGGGCGUACCCCCACUUGAUUUUGAUGUCGAGAUUACUCAUUUUUGGAGCAAGUGCACAUGUCCAAUAAGCUUUCCAGUCAGAUACUGCGUAGGAAAAGAACCCGUGUUAGGCAAAUGUGCACAAGUAUGUAUUGUACAUUAAUCUUCAGUUAUGCAAUGUGCACUUUUAUAUUGUAUGUAAACAGCAUUUUUUUGGAUGAUCAGUAGGAUGCAGUGUGUAAGUGUACAGUUUUCUUGAAGCAUGAUUAUGCUGGCAGGUUUCUGUCUAUGAGCACCGGUGCGUCAGCCUUAAUGUAAGGGGAAUUUCACAUUUCUCUGAAAUGCACCAUUACACAACAGUGCCAAGCACAAAUUGUUGAUGCCAACUACCAGUGUGCGAUAACAGGAUUUUGUUGACCUUUGGUUUAUGGGGCUUUCACACCCGCAAAUGCUAUUGUGUGGUUGCCCCAGGCCGGCAUUGAAAAAAAGUUAGGCUUUACAUGUAGCUGUGAUGUUUCUACCAAUUUGAUACACCAGAUGUGCGUUGUUUGUUCCUAAUCCUUAAACUUAUCUCGAAACAUUUUCAAGUGGUCUGUCAAACCUUAUUUACAUGAUAUGUGUUUAUGUGUUUUAACCACAUGCCAACUAUGAACAUGGUCCAUUCUAUUAUUUCUACAUUACAAUUUAUUACAUGCACAUUGCUGAUUUGAUAGUUUCAUUUUCAACUUGUUUCACACGUCAUUAGUGUCUACAUGUACAUGUAGAUGUACAACUUGAUCGUACUCUGGCUUACUGUGUGGUCAGUUGUUUGGAGGACUCAUGCAGGACGUUACUUUUGUUUGUACAUCUUACUUUUUUUUCUUGGUUUUCACAUACCCACUCUACUGGUGCAUGCAUGUGUAACACUGCAGAGUUUCAGCCAGCUAGGAAGAGAGUUGAGUGUCUACAAGUGUCUAUGUUGAGUGUAUUUGAAAGACAGGGCUUCACUGUCGGAGUUGCUUAGUGACAAGCUUUUACAUGUACAUGUAAUCAAAACAAUGUGUGAAAAUGCCCAUAGGGUGUUGCAAAGAUGCCUGAAUACUGUCCUGGCUUAAACUUUGUAAUAUGAGCAGUUUCUUUCUGUGAAAAAUGGUUUUGUUCAUGGUAGACACACAUGUAGGGGAGUGGACUAAUGUCGACGGUGUAGGUUCAAAAAUCAAAAUCUGCCAGGAAAAAAAGGAAAGAAAUCAGUCAAUAAAAAUGUCUCUGAUGAAAUCAAAAGGACAAAAGCAGGACAAAAGUAAUAGGCUAUAGCUGAAAAUUAUAAAGUUGGGGCUGAAACUGCUGUGCUUAUGUGGAGAGUUCACAAUCCCGUACCUGUUUUUUAUGCAUGCCAAGCCCAUCCAGUUCUGUACUCUCUAAAGUUUAGUCAGCGUUUAUUUUUAGUAAGUUCCACGGUUUACCAAUAUGUAUGUACAGGUACAUAUAGUCUCCUAUUUUCUCCCCAUGCGAUGAGUCAUCCAGUUUCAUUUCAGAUGACCGUGUCUCCCUGUAUGGGACCCAAAGACCACAGGCUAACAGUGCUUGGAGAUGCUUAGCCCUAAUGCACACUACACAUGCAUAUUAUUUGGCCAUAUAAAAAUAUGUUUCCUAUUACAUGGGGGUUGAGGUGUGCAGGUAAAGUAACAUAUUAUUUUGCUUUUAAAUUGUUGAAAUUACUGUAGUUGUGUGGUUUGGCAGGUGAUAAGGCCGCAUUCUUUGUAUCAUUUGUAAAAUUCUGUAAACAAGUUCACCCUACACACCAGCACUGUAUAAUUAAUUGCUGGUUGAAUGGUUAAAAAAUGUCUGAAAAGGAACAAAACUGUGGUACAUGUACGUGUCAGCACAGAAAAAUAAGAGCUAGCCACUUUUAUGAUAGCUGACACCACAAGUUUGUUUUGAGAAUAAUAUCUUCUUCGAGAGAAAGCUGUAAGCCUGCAUACUUGUCUUCAUAAAUAUAAGUUGGGGUAACCAAAAGUUGGGACUACAUGUACAUAUUUGGCCUGUGCUUUAGACCCUCCUGUCAGUAUUAUGCCUGCCCCAGUGUUUUGCAUGCAAAUGGACCCGUCAAAUAAGCAGAACAGGCAUUGUACUCUUGACCUGUUUGAUCUGUUCGUGCAGGACCUUGCGUUGCGGAAGAAAACUUUCAGUCUAAAAACCAUCACAAGGCUUUCCAUUUUCCCUGAAAAGCUCAAAUUGGCACUCACUAUACUGUGCUCUGACCUUAACCCGGUGCACUUGGUCACCUUGGCCCGCAACCGGUUGGGCUGACCCUCACUGCUGAGUGCUGACCAUCACUACAUUCUCUGUGCAUGGAGAGACACAGCAGUAUUUUAAGUCUCAAGCCAGCCAAAAGGAGUAUUUGUAAAUGUUGACAUCAGCAUGUGCUGUGGUGUCACAAGAAAAUGGUUUACUUACUUUACCUUUAAUUUUAAUUCUGGCCUGGAUUGGUGUAGUCUGGUACCACGAACAAGCACUUAAAAUAGGUCUUACAUGUCUAAAAUAUAGUCUUUACAUGUAUACAUAUAUAGACAACUAGUAGUGGCUAUGGCCUAUUGUUAAACAUACUGAUUUCAAAGCCAGGCUAACAUUUCCUAAGACAUCAUCUGUUCCGUGUUUAUCUUGCUAGUUGUGAAAGCAACAGAUCAACACUAGUUCAAACUUUCAGAACAGGUUCAUAUUCUCCGUUUUAAGAAGGCCUAAUUUCAGAGCUAAAUCAUCAUGGCCUCAAACGGCUCUGUUGCAAGUUCCACUUACAGUGACGUCUAUGUGGCUGUUUUACAUGGAAGGAAUUGCCAAAGAGCCUGUGUUGUGCUUUCACUUGCAUUUCUAAGGGACAUUCCCGUGAUGUCUGCCACUUCCUCCUGCCUUUUGUGUUCACUUCCAUGCCACAUGUAGCUUGGCUUUGAAACCCAACACUGGUUUUCCUGGUUGACUGAUGGAGACGGAUUUUUUUAUGCACAUUCAAAGCAGGCUCAGUUUGAAAACAGUAUACAUGCAUGACUGAAGAGAAACUUGGUUUACACUAGUACAUGUAAACAUAUUGGCAAAUGUGGAGACCUUAUGAUUUAGGGAAAAUCUGUGAGCUUCAGUGGAACUUCAAAGUGACCUUUCCUCCCCUAUAAAUUCUGUGUAGCAGUUUAGACGAAAUGAAGGCAUCGGUGCUAUGCGGUGCUGGCUUGAAAACCCAUUCAUUCAUGCAGUCAGAGGGACAUGCAUGGUGCCAUGAGGACUCCACAGUUUGUUUUUUUGCAAGUUUAGAAAGACGCCAUGUGCAUGUACAUGUCUGCCCAUGAUCAGCUUGACCUUUACCACAUGUGCAGAGUUGCCCCCCCCGUUCUGCAGCACACAUAUGCAUACACCACACAAAUGCAUCGUAUUCGUUAUUUUUAAUUAUCAGUCUCUUCAAAAUGAUCCUCUUUCAAAAUCCCGAGGAUCAGUUACUUUCUGUGUGAUUAAUCUAGGAACAAGAAAGACGCUUUAAAAUCAAGAUGUUGUAGCUUGAACGUUGUUCAGUUGUCAUUUUCAAGUGUAUGUAAACAGUACGUGAUGAACAUCUGCUGUUCUUAGAGGAUUUGGGCAAAAAUCUACAAAGCAUUUCUUUGUGUGAAACCUGUACAUUUUGGGACUUAAAAGUUAAACUUACCUGUGAAUGUAACCCAACUGACCCCAGAAUAAUAGGUUUAUCACAUGCAUGUACAAUGUCAAUAUGGGACCAGAACCAUAAGCAUAAGCAUAAGGUUAAGUCAACCACAUUAGUUUUCUGCUCAAAGUUUGGAGUAAGGCUGAGCUGGCCAAUUUUAGGUACAGUGCAUGUCUUAACAAGUCCUCAAUAACAACCUGUUAUUUAUAGGUUUCACUGAACAGAAGCGUCCGCUGAAAUUUGUUUCCUGAAAUUUCUAAAAAAACUGCAUAAUUUGGACCAGUCUUUCUGGGUAUCUGUCUGCAACUGAAAACAAUAUGAAAUUUGUGUGAUUACCUCCCACUGUAGGCUAGGUUAAAUUAAAAUAGAUUUUUAAAAAGUGGAAGCUUUACAUAUUUACCUCUAUCAAGCCACUUGUGAUGAAUCUUGUAACAAAAAUUGUGCAUUGAAAAUGUAUUUGGGAAUUCAAGUUCCUCCAUGUACCUGUACAUGUCGUCACCGUUCUCACAAAGUGGCGUUAAUGUCCAAAAAAUGAUUUUUUGUUGAUUUCCAUUUUUUUCAAUAUUCUCUUUUACAAUAUCGUGCUUGACCAUUUUGACAUGCUCCCACAAACAAAACAUCCUUAUUGUCAUAGUUACAUUAAUGUUGCCAAGGGCAAUUAUCUUGAGAACUGAAUUUUGCAUUUUUACAAGAGACGCAAUGCUUAAUGGCCUUUGAACAUGUACAAAACGUAUUGCAAGGAAGCGGCUGAAAAAUAGGAUUUUCAUUUUCACGAAGUGCGUUAGCACAAUGCGUUAGUUAUACAAUGAAUAGGACGUUCAUGUACAAAAACGUAAUUUUUGUUUUCACAAAGUGAUGUUAACCUUUGCUAAUUAAUUUUGGCUAAUUCACCCCUGUUUUCAUACUAAUUACUGGGGUGAGGUGAACAAUUAGACAUGAAAGAAUCAUGUAGGGGAUUUCUGUUACAUAACGUUGUAACAAAAUACUUAUUUUGGUAGUUUUUAUAAAGGCCAAACUUCUCUGGUGAUUAUCUGGAAAACCUAUUUUUCCUCAAAAGCCACAUUAGCGACACUUCGUCGUGGUGGUGGUGGUGACUUUGUAAUAACCACCUGCGUCAUAAGCUUUCAAAAGCUGUCCUGUGGUACAGUUUACUCACCUUUAUCUGUUUUUUUUUUACCAUUUAAUGCAGUUUGCAGUGUCAUUUAUUUUUCUUCUUGUGAAUUACUUGUAACAUGUAUAUGUGAAGAUCCUGGUUCUUGAUUUUAGAGGAUAAUCUUUGGCAAAAUGUGCACGUUCAGGUGCAAAAUUAGAUAACAUGUAACCGAGUCUUGACAAGUACAUGUAUGGUUAUUUUAUUGUGUUUCAGCUAUUUACAUACGACUGCUACAGAUGUAUUUUUGUAAAGAAAACAAUUUUUUUAUGAUUAACCCACCCCUUGGGUGUAUCAAAAAUGAUAUUUAAAUAUUCUGUCCAUGUAUAUUAUAUUUCCUCUUCACUGAAUACAGUGUUUUGGCUGUAUGGUCAAGAUGGCUUCCAUGUAUUUUUGCAAAGAACCUAGUGGAAGUAAUAUGCACAUAAUUUGUGGGUUUUUUUUAAUUCACAGUGACAUAGCGACAUAUUUGCAAACGCUAAGCACUGUUGUUUUGCCAAGUGCUGGAGCAGUUACAGCUACAGAGUGGCCCCGCCUCCCCUCUGCCCUGGACUCACACCAGGAAAUAAAAAUAAAUUCUAGCAUGUUUACAUAUAUGUCAGUAUAAGUAUGAGUGAGAAUCUUUCAGGCACACGUUAUGUAAAUGCAUGAACAUUCCUGAAAAAAAAAGCCCUGUCAUGAAAUAUGUAAUUUUGUUCCACUUUCAUAACUGCUGCAUUUGGCCACUGCAUGUUAUCUAUGCAUUUUUGCAACUUGGAUUAUUUUGUACAUACAUCAAUUUUUUUUUAUUGUAGCUCGAUGCGUUUUUGUAACUUUCUUUCAUAAUUUUUUACAUGAUGUAGUCAGGUAUGCACAUGUGCCACUAUUUUUAUGUUAAGGAAAGAAUAAACAGAUACAUGUACAAUCAGAA